UGCUGAAAUCAAAGUAUAAAUACUUUGCAAGGUCAGUCACAGGAGCAGUUACUGAGUAAAAUAGGAGUGCAUAUAACGCAAAAUAAUCCAAUAAGUUAGCUGCUGUUAUAAAUGUGCUUACUGUGUUUCUGAGUCACUAGCAUGUCACUCCUGGGUUAUACGGUUCUACUGUUAUUUUGGAUGUAUUGUACUGCAGAAAGAGCCUGUGAAGAACCCCCUCCUAGGAGAGUUAAAGAAGUACCUACCGAAACGUGGGAAAAACCUCCCUACCCACAUGGUACUCAAGUAACAUACACGUGUCGGCCUGGAUAUAUAAAACUUGGACGUAUUGUGUUUCAGUGUACUGAUGGAGUGUGGGAACAACCCUUCCCAUGGGCAGAAUGCAGAAAUAAGCCCUGUGGACAUCCUGGAGAUAUUCAGUUUGGUUCAUUUGAACUUACCAGUGGAAAGGAGUUUGUAUUCGGUGCCCGAGUUGAGUACAAAUGUGAUGAUGGAUACCAGAUGCUCAGCCAAAGAAAUUACCGUGAGUGUCAGGCAGAUGGAUGGAGCAAUGAUGUCCCUCACUGUGAAGUGGCAAAGUGUUUCCCAGUAAAAGCACCAGAAAAUGGACGAAUAAUUAUGACUGGUGUGUUUCAGCUAGACCAAGAAUUUUCCUUUGGCCAGGUUGUAAAGUUUGAAUGUAAUGCAAAUUAUAAGCUUACUGGAUCUAAAGAAAUACAUUGCUCUUCUAAUGGAAAAUGGAAUAGUGAUGUACCUCAGUGCCAAGAGAUUACCUGUGAUGCGCCAGAAAUUCUGCAUGGAUAUGUGCAUACUCCAAAGGCAUCUUACAAGGAGUCUGAACGACUGCGGUUUUCCUGUGAUAAAGGAUAUAGAUAUGGUGAAAGAGCAGAAGCACAAUGUUCUGAAUCAGGAUGGACUCCAACCCCCUAUUGCACUGAAAUUUUAUGCUCUCCUCCAAGAGUUCCCAAUGGCAGCUUUGGGCCUCAAGAAGGUAUAUACAAAGAAGGGGCUGUGAUCACCAUACACUGUAAUUCUGGAUAUUAUUUUAAAGUAGUCUCUGGCCAAAACACUGCUGAAUGCACCAAGAAUGGCUGGGUGCCUCCUCCAGAAUGUGUUGGGAAACCGUGCGACUACCCAGUUAUAGAAAAUGGAGUGUUGAGUAGGGCCCUGGAGUACCACAGAAACUAUUACUUUCCAAUGAGCAUUGGGCAGCAAGCUGAUUACCGCUGUCAUAAUGGUUACUCAGCCCCAAGUGGAGAAAACUGGGUUCGAAUUGUCUGUUCUACAAAGGGUUGGUUUCCAGAGCCAAAAUGCCUCAAAAUAUGUCAACUGAGACAGCUGGAAAAUGGUUAUUUCCUAUAUAAACGGAAUAAUAUUUACAAGGAAGGUGAUAGAACUAGAUAUGCCUGUAAUCAUGACUAUAGCCCUGAAAAUCAGCGUGAUCAAGUUACGUGCACAAAGAAUGACUGGUCACCUCCUCCAAGAUGUAUCCGUAAGAAAAUAUGCCAGAAUAUUCAGGUUACCAAUGGUUAUUUCACCAGGAGAAAGGCAACAUUUCAUUUACAGGAGGAGACAACAUAUAAGUGUCAUACUAACUAUGUAACUGCAGAAGGACAAGAAACAGGACAGAUACAGUGUCAAGAGAGUGGCUGGACUCCUCCUCCAAAGUGCAUCAAACCAUGUAAAAUACCUCGUUAUGAGAUUUUGAAUUACCACGUAAAUAAAACUGUGUUCCUGCCUGGAGAUACACUUGAGUAUGCCUGUUCAGAUGGAUAUCAAACUAUAAAUAAUAUGACAACUGGUACUGCAAGAUGUGACAUAAAUGGUGAAUUGAUUCCAGAGCCCCAGUGUCUUGCAAUAGAAUGUGAAAUGCUGAUAUUGCCCAAUGGAGAUGUUUCCCCCGGGAAGGGUAAAUAUCACAAUGGAGAUGUUGUGAGAUUUACUUGUGCAAAAAAUUAUGUAAGAGUGGGACCUGCCUCUGCUCAGUGCUAUUACUUUGGAUGGUUUCCACCACCACCAAUAUGUAAAGUUGACCCCAGAGGCUGUGCACCUCCACCCGAGAUUGCCAAUGGAAGUAUUAUCAGUGACUUUGUGGAACAGUAUUGGCAUGGGGACAGAACAAAAUAUGAAUGCAACACCGAAUUUAAAAUGAUUGGAUCAAAGGAAAUAGAGUGUGUUGAUGGACAAUGGUCAUCUCCUCCCUCUUGCAUUGAAGAUAAAAUGCCAUGUGAAUCACCUUCCUCUAUUCCGAAUGUGGUUCUUCAGCAGCAAAACCAAACCCAGUUUUCUCAUGGUGAUGAAGUAAGCUAUGGAUGUAAACGAGGCUCAGGAAGUUAUGGGAAAAAGAAAAUAAAAUGUCUUAAUGGGGAAUGGAAACCUUUACCUUUUUGUGGAGAUCCAUCUCGUAAAUGUGUUGCUCCAGAGGAUGUUGAGAUAGUGAAUACGGAACGUGUUUCCAAGCCAAAUAAGGAGACUGGAGGCCAAAAAGUUAUAUAUUACAGAUGUAAAUCAAACAAUAUCAUUAAAAAAGCAACUUGUAUGUUUGGAAAAUGGUCACCUGAGAUUGAAUGCAUCGAUGAGAAUUCAUGCCCACCUCCACCUCAGCUGCCUGGUGCUCAACAGAUAGCAGCUGAAAGAAAUUACAAGAAUGGGAGUAAAAUAAUGAUUUCAUGUCUGAAGAAUUUCCAACUGAAUGGUGUGAAUGAAAUAACAUGUAUACAAGGGAAAUGGCAAUCACCACCACGCUGUAUUGAAAGGCCCUGUUUGCCACCACAACUUGUAGAAUGUGCUGAUGUUCCCAGGCUGCAAAAUCCACACUUAAGAGUGGAAAAAGAAGGCAAAACAACUUAUCUGGCUGGUGCUAAAUUUAAGUACGUUUCUCGUUCUGGAUUCGUAUUAGAUGGACAAUCGGAGAUAACUUGUUCUAUGGGAAAAUGGACUUCUGCUCCUACAUGCACUGAAAAGCCAUGCGGAAGUAUUCCAGAAGUUGUCAAUGCCCAAAUUGAAGGAAGAAACAAGAAAAUAUAUGAGCCUGGUGAAACUAUUCGCUACCAGUGUAAUCCAGGGUUCCUAACUGUUGGCACUCCAGAAAUUAUUUGCAGAGCAGGAAACUGGACAGUACCACCUUUCUGUGAAGAUGUUAGCUGCGGAGCCCCACCUGAAAUUCCCAGGGCUUCUAUUGCCAGCAGUGAACAGGAGAGAUACCUGCCUGGUGCCAGAGUGCAAUAUGAAUGUGAAAGCAAUUUUCAGAUUAUGGGUGUAAAUUAUGUCACUUGUACAAACGGACAAUGGUCACAAGCACCAACUUGCAGAGGUAGGAGGUCAUGCUUUCAUCUUGCCUGUUAG